AUGUGCCUUUGGCUUUGGUUACUUUACUUCCUGCCAGUGUCUGGGGCCCUGAAGGUCCUCCCAGAAGUACAGCUGAAUGCAGAGUGGGGUGGGUCCAUUACCAUCAAGUGCCCACUCCCUCAAAUACAUACGAGGAUGUAUCUGUGCCGGCAGAUGACUGACCCCCAAAUAUGUACCACUGUGGUGUCCAGCAGCUUUGUCAAGAAGGACUACAAAGCACGAGUCACCCUAACACCAUGGUUGAAUAAGAAGCUGUUCCUGGUGGAGAUGACACAGCUGACCGAAAGUGACAAUGGAGUCUAUGCCUGUGGUGUGGGUACAAACACAGACCUGGGCAAGACCCAGAAAAUCAUUCUGAAUGUCCACGAUGAAUAUGAACCAUUCUGGGAAGAUGAGCCUACCACUGAGCCUCCACCGUGGUUUCACAGAUUCCUGCAGGAGCAUAUUCCCAGCUGGCUCCAUGAGGUUGGACAUGCCAGUUCUGAAGGUCUCGUUCUUGAAGUUACCACAUCAGCUCCAAGGACUGAGGCCCCAGUUCACCAGCCGUCCAGCACCAUUCCAGCCACCCACUAUCCCAGAGUUCCCAGAACAUCUUCAGUGACAGCUGCCAAGUCCCCCACCCUCCUGCCAACUACCACAGCCUCAAAGACCUCAGCUCAGCAAGCACUUGGGCCCCUAGGGGCCAGCUACAGCCACCAUACCAAACUUCAUGGGCAAAGAACACUCCACCACAGCCCACAGUACGAGAGAGAAGACCAAGGGCUUCACAUCCCGGUCCUAGAAUUUCACAUCCUGAUUCCAACCUUCCUGGGCUUUCUCUUGCUGGUUCUCUUGGGACUGGUGGUAAAAAGAGCCAUUCUUAGGAGGAAAGCCUUCUCCAGGCGCAUGGGCCGAGUGGCGAUGAGGAUUCGAGGCCAGGAGGCGUCCCGCCGGUUCCCCGCACAGCGCCGGGGUGCUCUGCAGAGGCCACGCUCCCAGAACAACGUCUACAGCGCCUGCCCGCGGCGUGCUCCGCCACCGGACCAAGAGGGCUCUGCAGAGGCUUCCCUCCUCAGUGCCCCAGCCUCAGCACCCCCUGACCCAUCUCAGGUACUUGAAGCCCCCUGGUGUCACACCCCACCUCUGAAGACAAGCUGUGAAUAUGUGACCUUGUGCCACCAGCCUGCUGUCAACGUGGAAGACACAGGUUCAGAUGAUUACAUCAAUAUUCCUGGCCCACGUCAUCUCCCCAGCUGUCCCCCUGGGCACAGACCUUCAUGCCAAUGAGUCCUGCCUGUCUGCUGAUGUCCAGCCACUUUCCACUUGUUAUAGGAUCCCUGCCACCUCGCAUGUCCCAUACCCCAACUUGACUCUUGCCUGACUAUCUGAAUGCCUUCAGAAUAGUCUUUUUACAAGCUAAUUUUCACCCCAUUGAAGCCCCCUGCAUUCAUUGGGAGAGUCCUGGACAUGCAGGGCAUUCAUCUGUCAUGAUGGCACCUGUCCUUUCUGUACAAUCUAACAGACCAUGGGACCUACAAGGUGCUUUAUCACUGUCUUUGGUCGAAUGGUCUUUGCUGCCCUACCCCUAGCUCAUGUGGCAUCCAACCGGAACAUAAGGCUGGCUGACAUUUCCAGGUCUUGAACCAAAGGGUAUAAUGAGCUUCUACUUUUCUUGAGUGCCAUGGCAAGGGUAACUUACUUGGUAUGAUGACUUAUUCUAAAUUUUUAGAACUAAGCUUUUGUUAGUGUUAGGGACACACACACA